AUGCGUUUAACCACAGAAACAAAUUGGAAAACAAAUCAAGCGCAAGAUCACAAUAUUUCCAGGGCCGCAUUUUAUGAUCCCUACAAGGUUUCAACAGUAUGUUUGAAGAAUUGCGAAGGAGUUCACCGUAGAAUUGGCGCCUUAAAAAUCGUCGAGAAAUUGGCUUCGAAUGAAGCAUCUAAUAAGAUUGGCCAACAGUCAUCAAAUGGAAUGCAAAGCUCGCAGAAAGCGAGUGAUAGCACGAAAACUAUCGAUACAAGUGUUUAUGUUCCACAAGAAAAUGUCGAGGUUGAAGAAACGGAAUUAAUUGAGGAAAGCACGGUUGGACAAGUGAUUGUUGGAGACGAUCAGGAAUAUUAUUUAAUUUUAAGCCUAAAUGGACCUGAUAUUGAUGUCGGAAAAGUAGAUAACGUUCAAAUCUUGAGAAACGAUGAUGGUACAGAGACGGUACUACUGGAAAUAGAUGAGCUAAAUGAAUCAGAGUUUCCAUCUUCUCACUACAGUAAACAAAAUGAUUCUUAUCACGGUAUGGAAAUCGUAGAUAUCGAUAAGCAUGGUAAAAUUAUGCAACAGCUGUUCGGCAACUCGGCUGGCUAUGAUCCAUAUCAACUGGGAAGAUAUAGAAGAAACCGUGUGUAUGGUACUUAUUCUUGUCCGGAAUGCGAUCAAACUUUCAUUAAUACUGCUAGGCUGGAAAGACAUUUAGCAGUUCAUCAGAUUUCUGGUUCAUUCCAAUGUCCACUGUGUCAAAAAGUCUACAAAUAUGAAUAUAAUCUGUUUUAUCAUUGGCGUCGAACAUGUCAUGAAUUAAGCGAGUUGAUACCGGCUGAAAGAAGAAGGACAAUGGAUGUUAACGUUUUACGAUCAAUGGUAUUAAAAUUUGCACGAAAAAAAGCAGACGAAGCACCACCUCCUGUGAUGAAAAUAGGUAUUAAUCCGAACUUACUGUUCAAAUCGAAUACAUUUGGUCUCAUUGAUAUGCAAGCUCCUCUAAAUACUCAAAACAGUGUAUAUGCGGGUGUUCCAUGCAAGCAGUGUGGUGUGAAAAUAUCCAGUUCUGUGAUUCAAUGGCAUAUUGCCAUGCAUCGAGGUAUUAUUCCUGUAGAUGCUCGAAGCGGCAGUGGUGAACAUUUUUGCAGCCUCUGCGGACAAAUAUUUCGUCAACAUUAUAGUUUAAUCAAACACUGGCGAAGCAAUUGUAACGAAAUACAAGCACGCCUUUCUGAUACUCGAGAUUUAUCUAUGGAUGACGAAACGCUGAAGGAUAUGGUAGCAGAUAUAAUGCGCGAAUUAGGUGAAGAAUAUUCUCAGCGAUUUGGUGGGAUUCAGACUGAAAAAGACCAAUUAAUAGAGGAGCAUUAUGAAGACUUAUCAGCAGCUGAUUAUCAACAAGGACUUAGUGGUCGUUUCUCAUCUCAUGAAAUGUUAACACAUUUGGAUGCCGGUGAUGAAUCCGAGAUAGUUGACACAGAGGGACACAGUGUUUCAUGGAGUUUUUUAGACCAGGUGACUGGAGAAGCUGCAGGUUCUAAUGAACCAAAUCCAGUGCGUACAAAAUGGUCCUCUACUCAUGGUAUGGUGCAAUGUUCAGUAUGCUCCCGUACUUUUGUUAAUAUGACAAGAUUAGAGAGGCAUAUUGCUGGUUUCCAUGCCACUACUGGAUCACAUCCAUGCGUGCUUUGUGGUAACCGCUUCAAAUAUGAUUAUAAUCUUCUUUCACAUUAUCGUCGUUCUUGUCCAUAUACAAAGUUAUAUAUUGAUUCAGAGAAAAGGGAACAGUUUGAUGCUCUUGCAUUGCGUCGCGCAGUGAGAGCACUGGCACAGAGAAAUAUACAGCUGUCUUCAGCGCAGAAAAAAAUGGUUGCUAAUAAACGUGAAGUUUCGGAUAAUUCAGUAGUAUCUGUUCCUCAUUUUCGCACAAGACCACCGUUUGAACUAAUGGUUAUGCGGCCGGAUCUGCCGAACGGAAAAUCGUGUCCUGUUUGUGGAGUGAUAUUUUACGGUGAACGCGCCGUCGAGCAUCAUGUAAAAGCUGUUCAUCCCUCAGAAGUGCGUCAUUACUUCCUAAAUGAUACAAGGAAAGCUGUAGCUACCCGACAAUGGUGUACAGAAACAGCAGACAAGUCGGGAAAUCAAACAAAUGAUAUUGAUAACGUUGAACCUCCUCCGACACUUGCGCCCGAAGUACCUAUUCCAGAGUCAAUGACAACAACGGAGUCUGUCGUUCGUCGCGUUUGUCGUAUUGAUGAGGAUGCUGAUGGGAAUCAGAUAUUCAUUGAUGAAAACGGAGAAGUUAUCGAGUUAGGAGAAGAUGAGGAGCUGCAAAUUCAAUUUGAUGAUAUCGAGAGCGUUCAGCAUCUGUUUGAAACUGGUCAACUUACUGUGGCGAAUGAUGAUCAGACAAUUAUUUUGGAAGGAAAUUUAAGUGAUUCGAAAUAUUGCUAUAAUAUAAACUACGGUGACAAUAACAGCUCGAUUUUGUCGACUGGUGGAGCACGUUUUGUGGAAGAUGAAAAAGAAAUAACUGAUGGUGAUAACAAAGGAGCACGAAAACAGGAGUUUGAAGGAAAUCCACAACAUUAUGAUUUCAGUACAACGGAAUCAGUAAAAUCGGACCCGAGCUGA